CAAAAUAGAAUUAAUUAAUUACCACGGCCGUACCAAGGAACAGACAACUGUGCUGUCAGCUGUUUUCAUUCUGAAGAUAAAAAAGAAAACACCCACAAAAACGGAAAAGAAUCAAUAUGUCGACAAAUCCUUUUGAUAGCGAUGAUGAUCAGGAUACCACAAGUUGCGAAAUAUUGGAGGGAUUUCUGUGCCCGAUUUGCCGUGAAGAUCUGAAAUCAAUUGAUUUCCUCACAGACCACUUUUCACGCGCCCACGCCGAAGAAGAGGAUGCCUUGAAGUCCGUGUUCAAGGACAUAUUUACCAAAGCUAAAAAGAAAAUCCUCAACAAUUUAAAUGAUGACCGCGGUACGUCAUCGUACAGCGGAGGUUCCAGCUCUGCUACACGAGGCGGCAAUGGGGAGCAGCGCAAUCCCAACAACGCCCGCACACGGAUGAAUGUCUACAAUUUUAUGGGCAAACAGACUGUGGGCGCCGAGUGCUCACAUUUUGAAUAUUUUCAAUCAGUGCGCAAUCCUCGCCUGGAACGCUAUGCGAGUGAGACGAACAAACUUAUCAUUCGAUUGCAUCGGCUGCUAAAGGAUCUGCCCACAGAUGCCAUGCAGCGGAAACAGCAUGAGCAACAAACAGUCGCUUGGUUGGAUGGCAGUUCAGUUAAAUUGUGUCCUGAUUGCGCGAAAAGCUUUCACAUAGCGCGUCGACAGCAUCAUUGUCGGCUCUGUGGAGGCAUUAUGUGCAACGACUGCUCAAAAUUCUUGCCGCUAGAGAAUGCAAUGCAACUAGCCAGCUUGUCCAGCACGCGCAGUGAUCCAAUCCAACAGGUCCAACACGAUCAGUUGGGCGGCGUUCGCCUUUGCCACCAUUGUCUGUGGCUACUCGACACUCGCCAGGAUAUGCACGAGAGCCGCACCUGCCGUCCUAUGCUGGUGCAGGUCUAUGAUCAAAUACGUCAGCUGCAAAAGGAGGUGAUGCCGGAUCUGGACAUGUAUAUGAAAAUUGUGAAUAGUCUGUAUGAAGGCGACUCCAUAUUCACCAUUGCGGAUGCAAGUGCGCUGCGUGGCAAGAUUGGGCAGACUGCUGAAGCUAUUGAUGUGCGUAGCAAACGUAUUAUGGCCAUACAUAGUGAGCCAGGCAGCCGCGAGGAAGCUUUGAAGAAAGCAGUACGCCUAUGUUGCAUACAAACUAUUAAGGAACGUAUGUUGUCGCUGCCACCACUGCCAGAUGAGGCGCAAAUACGACAGAUUCAGGAGCGCAAGCGCAUGGAGACUGAACAGCGAAUUCAGACGGAGCAGCGCAUGGCGAUGGAGGCAUUUGAGCGCUACGGAUUGGGCAAUGCGGCAACUACAACUGCAGUGAUAGACAGCGGUAGCUUUGCGCAGGGCUCUGAUCUGCAAUCGUUAAACAAUUGGUCGGCACCACAAACAGCCGCAAACGUGCGCGUUGAUGAUCCUCUGGUCGAACAAAUUAACAUAAUUAAGGGCUACAUCAAGCAAGCACGGCAGGAAAUGAACUUUGAAGUGGUGGAGACACUUGAAAUCAAUCUGCGCGAGUUGCAACGUGAAGUUUAUGAGCGUCAGCGCCGGUCGCAAAACGCCCUGACACCCGAAGCCGAGGCCUAGUAUUUGUACAUUGUAUAAAUGUAUAUGGUAGCAUAAGUACAUACCUUUAUAUGACAGCUGAUAAGCUCAAGAGGCAUUUAGCAGCGUCUUCAUAAAUAAAUCAAUUUAUUGCAACUUUACAAUAA